AUUGAUAAUGUAUUUAGUGCGAAUAUUUUAGUAUUAUCACACGUUUUAUCACCUAGUCAUACAAUAUGGCAUAUACCAAUUGUACAAGAAUUAGUUAAAAAUGGUCAUAAUGUUACAUUGGUUACACCUGAAUUUCAAAAAAAUGCUAAUAAUUAUACUUUAAUACAUCUUAAAGGAGGUUACGAAAAAUUAAAUUUUGCUUCUUGGAAUUUAGAUGAUUUUCAAGAUUUCAAGGCGUUUGAUACAUUAUUAUUAGAUUAUUUCCCUAUAAGCUGUCAAUUGACAUUAGAAUCAAAUGGAUUUGAACAAAUCUUGAAUUAUCCAAAAAAUUCAUUUGAUUUAAUUUUACUUGAUGUUACAAUGUCAGCCGAAUGUUUUUAUCCAUUAAUAAAAAAGCUUGGAACACCACCAAUUAUUGGAACUAGUCCAUUAGGUUUAGUACCAUGGAGUGGGAGUUUUACUGGAGAUUGGAUUUAUCCAGCGAUUUUUCCAUUUUAUACAUUACCAUUUACUGAUAAAAUGACUUUUUGGCAAAGAUUUAUAAAUUUUUAUGUUCAUAUAUAUCUGAUAUUGCAUCGUAAUUACGUAGCAACCCCAAGUGUUAUGGAUGUCAUGAAACCAGUUUAUGGUCCUGAUGCGGAUUAUUCCUUAGAUUUAGAAAAGCGGAUUAGCCUUUUCUUAUUAAAUUUAGAUCCCGUUCUUGGAUUUCCUAGACCUAUAACACCAAAUGUUAUACCAGUUGGAGGUUUACAUGCAAGAUUAAGGGGAAAUUUACCAAAAGAUGUAGAAAAAUUUUUGGAUGAUGCCAAAGAAGGUGCUAUAUUAUUUUCUCUAGGUUCCAAUAUUCGAUCAGAUGUUCUUGUUAAAUCGAAAAGAGAAGCUUUAUUAAAUGCAUUCGCUCAAUUACCAUAUAAAAUACUGUGGAAAUUUGAAUCCGAUGAUUUACCGGGGAAACCUGAUAAUGUGAUGAUCCAUAAAUGGUUACCACAACCAAACGUUUUAAAUCAUCCAAAUGUAAAGUUAUUCAUAACGCAUUGUGGAGAAUUAAGUACCCAAGAAACAAUUUAUUUUCAUAAACCCACAGUUGGAAUACCAGUAUUUAUGGAUCAAAAGUACAAUGCCCAAAGAAUGCAACAAAAAGAAAUAGGUGUUGCCUUAAACUUUGCAACUCUCAACACAAAAGAUAUUGUUAAAGCUGUCCGUGAAGUUAUUGAAAAUCCAAAAUACACCAAAAAUAUUGAAAGAAUAUCUUCAGCAUUUCGUGAUCAACCUCAAACACCACUAGAACGUGCAAUAUUUUGGAUUGAAUAUGUACUUCGCCAUAAAGGAGCUAAAGAAUUAGAACCAGCAUCUUUACACAUGCCUUUCUAUCAGACAUAUUGUUUAGAUAUCGUUGCCAUAACUUUAUUAUUCAGUAUUUUAAUUCUUUAUAUUUUAAAAAUUGUUGUAAAUAUUUUAGUAUUAUCACCAAUUCCAUCUCAUAGUCACUCGUUAUGGCAUCGUGUACUUGUUCAAGAAUUGGUCAAAAAUGGUCACAAUGUUACAUUUGUUUCACCUGAUUUUGAAAAAAAUCCUAAUAAUUAUACUUUUAUACAUCUUGAAGGUAAGUAUUAA